UGCUGUUGAAUGCUUACCUAUCAAAUUGUUCUCAGAUCCUUGUAGAUGAGCUAGAGCAUAUAGAUACUCCCUCCGUCCGUCAAUCUUAGUCUAGUUCUUUACAUUUACAUUUUGCUGCCCAAAAAGGAAUGCCCAUUUUGAAAAAUUCAUGGUGAAAGUGGAUAAAAUUACUCUUCUUCCCUUUUAUUUUAUUAGUAACUAACAACUCAACAUCAAUCAACUUAAAAGUGCAAUGAUGAUCGAAUUUAUUAGGGUUUUUUUUAAACAUAAUCAUGGUGUCUCCUUACAAGUUAGAUUUCUCAAAGCAGACUAACAUUGACACAAGGGGUAGUGUGUACUAAAAAUCUCUGUUAUGUUUUCCUUUUGGGAGGUCUUGGGGGGAGGGAGAGAGAGAGAGGUUAGUGUUUUGAGUUGUGAAACCUUCGCUUGGUGUCUUAGAGAGAGAGUGGUUAGUGUUUUGUGUUGUGAAACCUUCGCUUGGUGUCUUGUAUAUUACCUCUCUUUAGUGUUGUGCUGCUUUAUUUUCCCCGAUUUUUUGUUGAUAAACUUGAUUUGUAUAUUCUUUUUGCUAACCAGAGAACCCUUGGUGCAAUGUGAAGAUAGAAUCAGCAACUUACCAAGCAACCUUAUUGGCCAAAUCCUCUCUUCUCUUCCCACAAAAACGGCUAUUGCGACAAGCGUCUUAUCAAAAAGAUGGAAGCAAUUCUGGACACUAGUCACCAGUCUAGAUUUCGAUGAUAAGUUGAUGCUUCAUUGUCGAAAGAGUAUCAGAGCUGCACUCCAAAUGAGUUUUGCAAGUUUCGUAGACAGAGUGCUCGAGAGAGUCUCAUGUGUGGAUAAGUUCCGUCUCAAAUGCUGCCAAAGUUAUGAUGUUUCACAUGCAAAUGCAUGGGUUGCUGCUCUCAUAAAAUAUCGUAUCAAAGAACUUAAUCUCUCCAUUCCAGUGAAGCACUCUACUGAUCAUGUGCUGCCUCGGCACCUUUUUUCUUGUAGAACACUGGUGGUAUUGAAAUUGGGUACCAAAUUUAUGCUCAAUGUACCAGCUUCGGUUUGCCUACCCAGUCUGAAAAUUCUCCAUCUUGAUAGUGUCAAAUUUUCAGAUGAUGACUCAGUCAAGAGGCUCCUCGUUGGCUGCCCCAUGCUUGAUGAACUGGGCAUGAAUGAAUGUGUUGGAAAAGAUGUAUGUGUUAUUCACAUUUGUGCACCUGUGCUCACAAAGUUGAGAUAUCGCAGAGAGAAGAAAAACUAUUUAUGGGGUACUGCUGAAGUUUCUGAGUACAAGAUUGUGAUUGAUACCCCAGCUCUUCUAUACCUGGAGCUGAUUGAUUAUGUAGCAGAUGUUUAUCUAGUAAUGAACCUAAGGAAUAUCGUUAAAGCUUAUAUUAGAAUUGCAGAGCAAUACGAUGAAACCAAUUCUAAAGCUAUAACUGAUCUUCUCAUGGGAAUAUCCGAAGUCCAAUGUCUACACUUGUACAAUGAUUGCACUGAGGCUGUUCAAAAGAUUGAUUCUGAGCUGCCAAUUUUUCAUAAUUUGACGUCCUUGGUACUUAGUGCGGGCUAUGUUGGAUGGGAAUGGUUGUCACAAUUGCUGGCGAAAUCGCCGUGUCUAGAAAGUCUUGUUUUUGAAGAGGGGUAUCAUAUCGAAUUCGAUCGAGAUGAAUACGAUGAAGAAGACGACAACAAGGGAGACGACAAGCGCUUGCACUGGAAUCCACCUCAGAAUGUUCCUUCUUGUUUGCUAUUGAACCUCAAGGUAAUUAUGUUUGUGAACUUUCAAGGGGACGACGGAGAUCUGAAUAUGGUGGAGUAUUUUCUGAGGAACGCUGAAGUUCUGGAGAAGUUGAUAAUACAAACUAACGGUACUGUUGGCAAAUGCUUUGACAUGACAGCAGCGGCGUUUGCAGAACAUCAGUUGGAGGUUACCAUGAAACUUUUAAUGUUACCAAGAGGCUCAAAGACUUGUCAGAUUGAAUUUGUUAUUCUGCGUCACAACCUAGGUGGUAGCGUAUCGCCCUGUUAAAUAGGCCCGUUGUGUUUGGUUAUGUGCUAGUUUUUGAUACCUACCCGUUUGGACUUAUGUUUCAG